AUGGGAAUCAGACCGAAUUUUGCUGAAGAUGGUGAGUUUUCAAUGAAAAGUUUAGAUUUACAUUGUUGAGAAUGUUUCAGUGUACGGUGACAAAGAACGGAAAAGCACUGAUGACGAACAAGUGGAGUACUCCGAGUCCUCACUGGCUGCGAGACGGUCGGCAAAUGUACUCAAGCUGAAACAGUUGAAAGAAGCUCAGCCAAUGAUCACACCUGCAUAUGGAGGAUUUACUCAUCACGAAAGUACUGAUAAUGUGCGUAUCCUAGCCUUAUAUUAUGCUAGUAACGUUUCUGUCUUCAGGUUGCAGCCAUCGAUAAAGACCUUGACUUUGACUACGGAGAUAGCGAUACGGGAAUUCGAGAAAUGGCCGAGUUGUACAGCUAUUCAGAAAUUGAAGAGUUCGGAAUCAAUAUCAGCAAUUGGAAAGAUUAUAUUGAAGACUCAUAUGUAAGAUUUAGAAGUCAACAUAAAAUAUAAGCAUUCUUCAGGACGGAAAACGAGAACAAUUCCCGCCAAUCUUCGAAGAGUUCAGUCUGACCCAGAAAAACUAUGUAAUACAAGAUCUUUGUGCUCGAAUGGAGAGCGCCGAUUCAGAAGUUCGACUCAAAUCUGCUCGAAUAAUUCUUUUCCUUCUACAGGUGAGGCAAAUAAGUGAUUCCACGAAAGUCAUCAUUUUUCAGGGCUCUGCAACUGACUUUGCCUCUCCGGAAAAUGAAGAAAUCGAAUAUCAAUACGAUCAAAAACUUUUAAUGAAUGUUCCGGUUCGGAAGACCAAAGAACUGGACCCGGAAGGACCGACAAUGGUGUACCAUCGAGCCAUCGAAAACUCAUUCAUUUGCUACAAAAACGGAGUGUAUCAGGUAUGCUCGAAAAACGCGAAAACUGAACAAACCUAUUUUUUCAGGCGCUGUGCACUCUACUGAUGACUGAGAUCAAAGAACCGUUUGAGUGCCCGCCGAACGACGGAAGAGUUUCGAAAGCCAGCUCGAGAAGCAGCAGAAAUGCCAGCAUGGCCGAUCUAUCCGAUUCCGAAAAGUACCGCUCACGCCAACUUCCAACUAUGGUGGACAAUGAGAUGCUCCGAGUGAUACUCGCUGGAAUCUACCACAUGAUAGUUCAGAUUCUCGACGAGAGGUCUGGAAGAGAAGAGGAAACUGACGAAGACGUAGAGGCUCGGAAGGCUUUCCGUGAAGAGAUUCAAGAACCGAUCGAAAAUGGCCACGAAUGUCUGCUAAUUGUACUUUUUGACAUGCUCCAUCCAUUCUACAUAGGAACCGCCCCACACUUUCCUAUUAAAAAGAUUGUACUUCUCAUCUGGAAGAUUCUUCUCCUUUCGCUCGGAGGAUGGGAAGAACUCGCCGCUCAGAAGCGAGAGAAACGGGUCGCUGCCGGUCUCGAAGUCAUGGAGGACACUAUCACCACGGCCGCUUCCCAAGCUGCUUUCAUAGCCAAGGACCAUGAAAAUGUACGCAACCUAGCUCACAGAGCCGGAAGUCUCGCCAGAGCGGGAAUGAUGGCUCGGCAGAUGGCGUACAACGACGACUCGAAGGAUGAGGACGCCUACUCAGAGACCAGUUCGGAUGGAACUGUGGGCAACAGGAAAGAGGGAUCUCCAACAGUGUCCACGGUUUCUUCCUCGUCGUCCGCUCUUCCCGAAAGUGCUUCGAACUUCUGCAACCAAGGAAGCGGAGAGCAGACUCCUCGUGUUGGGUCCCCAACGUUUCCGACAGUGCAGAAUAAGUCGUUGCCGUGGAAAUGCAAGACGAAUGCUCAGGACAUUGAAGAUUUCAUUCAGAAGGGACGUCUCAAGUACUUCCAUUACGACUUCGAAGCGGGAGACGGCGCCUCCCUGUUUGGACUGCCACCCGCGUUCAUCAACGCUGUCAAUAUUCUUCGAAAGAACAAGUACACAUCACUGACAGAGCUGCAAGUGAAGAAAGACGAGCAAUUGAACCGUUACCUGUUUUCGAUGAAAGAAGAGAUUCCGGAGACGAAGACGGAGGCGUUGUACCGCAAGAUACUGCCCAAUAUGAGCCAGUACAUCUGUGCUCUCGUCAAAGUGAUGGUCUCUUCGGUUCCGUCUCCAAAGGCCCGUCACGAAGGACUGAACGUGCUCAUCGACUGUUUGACCCCCGAAAUGGAAGCCUCCGACAUACUUUCCAACUCGAUUUCUCUUGAUAAUUCGACGUCGUCUCCGCUGGAAGAAGGAUUCCGACUCGCGAUUGAUAUCAAUCGUCACAAAGAGAUUAUCGUGAAAAGUCUGUCUGCCAUCCUUCUGCUGCUCGUCAAGCACUUCAAGCUGAACCAUGUCUAUCAAUUCGAGUACAUCUGUCAGCAGAUAGUCUAUGUCAACGGAAUCCCAUUGAUUCUGAAGUUCCUCGAUCAGGUAAUGCUCCAUUUCCGACCACCUGUUGCUCUUUUGCAAGAAAGUUCCAAAAGCGAUCUCGUCUCACCAAAGUUCAAAUGUCGCUCACUCCUCCCCUUGUUUCUUUUUCUCUGCGUCGUCGCUCAUUCAAGAUUGGCAUGUGAAAGAUACGUGCAUUCUUCACUGGUCAACCCAUUUCUGACGUGAUUUUCCUCUUUAUAAAAAUUGUUUUUGUUUUCAGAAUACCAACAAGUUAAUCCAAUCGAGACACGAAAUCUAUGCCUACAAUUAUCCGCAAUGCCUGUAUCAUUAUGUUAGGAACAAUGGUGAGAUUCAUGAGAAACUUCGUUCUUCUCUCAUUACGUGAUUUUCAGAAGAAUGGCCAAUUCUCACGCAGGACAACAUUGAAGAGCCACGUCCUCCGUACGCAGGUCCCUAUUUCAUGUGGCGCAACGUCUUCUUCGCCGUCAAUCUCAUCCGACUGCUCAAUAAAUUGGUGAAGGCGAAGAAUGACCGAGUCAAAAUGCUGAUGGUGUUCAAAUCAGCGCCAGUUCUGAAGCGGCUGUUCAAAGUGCGCGUUUCGAUACUACAAUUGUACGUGCUGAAAGCGAUAAAAAUGCAAUCGCGGUACUUGGGACGGCAGUGGCGGAAGAGCAAUAUGGACAUCAUAUCGGCCAUUUAUUCAAAAGUUCGUCAUAGGAUGACUGACGAUUGGGCGUUUGCAUCGGAUAUCAAACGGAAGUGCGAUUAUCAGAAGGAGGACAGUCUGAUCAAGGCGAGCAUCGAACGGUUCCACAGCAGAAGAUACUCGCGCCUCUAUCCUCUGUUUGCCAUAGGUUUGCACUCUAUUCAAAAAAUCGUGAGUUUCAAGUACCUUUUUGCAGAAGUUAACGAUGCUCCGAUGCCCGGAGACGACUACCUCAACCGCGUGGAUAUGCGUGACUUCGAUCCUGUCGACACGUGUGCUCACUCGGUGCUCGGAGCCAAUCCACAAUUUUCAAAUAGAUUCAAACAGAACUACGAGGCGUGGCUGGAGCAAGAAGUCUUCCGAGCCAACAUCGAUUGGGACAAAUUGCUUUUGGAAACCCGCGGAGUCGAUGAGCUCAAGUGA